CCGAUAAAUACCAAUCGAAUGUGUUUCACUUCGACCCCAUACCUAACAAACAAAUAAAAAAAAAAUAAACGGCCUGAAAAUAGGAAAAUUUAAUACUUAGAUCGCAGAAUAAAAUUCAAAAACGCAGCCACCCACGCAACCACACAAACACCAGGUGAGAGAGUUGAGCGAGAGCAAUGUCCGACGAUAUUGAACGGGAGCGCAGCUGUAGCGACAAAGUCAGUGGCAAAUCUGUUGUCUCGCCAAAAGUUGCACUACCAGCAACGGGCGUUGCAUUGGCGUCGGCAGCCUUGGAAUCGCACAAUACCGCAUCGGCAACAGGGGCACCGACAGUGGGGGCAGCAGCUGCACCGCAACCAAUAUCAGUAGCAGCAUCGGCGAGUGCACAGCAACAGGAAUUACCUACCACAAGCAGCAUGAGUGGAGUAGGAGUAGGAGCCGCAGGAGCAUCUGUUGCUAGCGGUGAAGGAAGUGGUGGAAUACAAUUAAUGCAGCCAAAUGUGAAAGAUAUCCGCGAACUUCGUGAUAUAAUACAACUGCUAUGGGGCGACGGCGUGCGCGAAGAUGUAUUUAAGCGUUGGUCUCAAGGAUUCGAGUUUAGUGAUGUGGAACCGUCGGCAUUGGUGCAAAAACAGGGCGGUCCAUGUGCUGUGAUAGCGCCCGUCCAGGCGUAUUUGCUUAAGAUAAUUAUCAUGGAUAUGCCAGGCAUCAAGUUGGCAGAGAUAUCUUCUGGAAAAAGCCAGAGUCUGCUUAUUCAAGCUUUGUGCAAUAUAUUGUUAAAUUGCCAAACACGCCGAUAUCGUAUUGUUCAUCUAUUGCGCCGAUCAGUGUUGCCAUCAAGCAAUACGACUAGCAGCACUGUCACCACAACAGAGACGACACAAAGUAAUCGUAAUCCAAAGCCGAAUCCCAGCUCUGCCGCUAGGAUCACCAAAGAAAGUACGCCGCCGGCGCAACCUCCACCAAUGUCGCAGGUCAUAGCAGAGGAGGUGGCUGGUGGUUCUGCUGCCGGUGCUGGUGCUGGAGAUGCAGCAUACGAUAUUGAAAUAGAGCAAGGUGUUGAGGUUACUCCAGCUUCGGUGAUCGAUAUAAUUCAGGGUAAUAGCAGCGGCAGCGGCAGCAGCAAUAGUAACAGCAAUAGCCUAAAUGACGAUGAUGCCACCGGACAAUUGGACAUGGAUAUAACAUCCCAGCAAUUCCAUGAGCGUCUUCAUACCAUACAUUUUGAUGACAUUAAUGAGGUGGCGCGUUAUUAUACCGAAAACUAUAGUCAACUAUCGAAUACGUUUGGCGUAUUGGUCUUUAUGUAUUCAGUAUUCCUUACCAAAGGCAUCGAACAGGUUACUGCUGAUAUAUCGGAUACAUCGGAGCCGCUAAUUCAUAGCACCUACGGCUAUGGGGCACAAUCGUUGAUAAACCUAAUGUUAACUGGCCGUUCGGUGGCCCAUGUAUGGGACAAUGAGCAAGAUGUUGGCGGUUUAAAAUUGCGUGGCAUUUCGGAACAAAGCGAUAUCGGUUUCAUUACCCUAAUGGAACAGAUGCGCUACUGUACGGUGGGUUCAUUCUUCAAGAAUCCGCGGUUUCCCGUUUGGGUAAUGGGCUCUGAUACGCAUUUAACAGUUCUGUUUAGCAACGAAAAGAGGCUUGUCUCAGCAGAGACACCAUCCGAGACGGGUCGUCGAAUUUUCAAAUCUUACGAUCCAGAGGGUAACAAUUUCAUAUCAAGCACCAUGCUUAGGGAUGUUUUAGCUGCCUUGAAUUUGGUUAGCGAGCCAGGCUAUGUCAGUCUAAUGCAAAAGCGUCUGGAUCCUGAAAAUUUGGGCAUUAUAUUGCUAAAUGCGUUCAUGGAUGAGUUUUUCCCACUCGAAAGUCGCUCAACACCGGAUACUUUCGAAUUAAUGCAUUAUAAUGGCAUUCCUGGCUCCAAUGAAGGCAACAAGGUUCGCUACUAUUACGGAUCAGCCAUAUUGCUCGAAGGUGAUCUCAAAUCCAUAUGCACCUCUAAUCCCAUGGUCACUUGCCUACAGACGAAAUGGCCUAAUAUUGAAAUAAAUUGGCAUAAUAUGCAUAUGCCAUCAUUGAAUUGACGUCGUCAAUAGAGGAACAUACAGAGAGGGUGAAAGAGAGAGAGAGAGAAGGAGAGGGAGAGCGAGCGAGAUAAUGCAACAGAGUAAGGAAGAAAGCUCACACAUACAAGAAAGAGCGUAAUAGAAGGAAAUAGCAUGAGAGAAUUUAAAGAGAGCGAGAAAAGAAUCUAAUAACAAAAUACAUAAAAAUGCAAAAAAGAAAAACAAAAAGAAU